CAGAGGGGAGGAGGAGCUGGGCACACAACCUGUGGACCGCCCGGACGGCCAGACAGCCACUCUCCGGGGCCGGGCUGGGGUCUCCAAGGGGCCCGGAAGUUGAGGGAGAGCGAGAAAACCAACUUGGGAGAGAGGAGUGACCUGGGGGCCGGGGGCGGAGUCGCGAGCGGAGGCGGAGAGAACCGGCCGCCAGCAAGGGCCCAGAGCCGCGAGCGCGGCGGCCCAGGAAGCGACAGCGCCGCCCACCCAUCCGGGGCGAGAGCGCGCAGCGGCAGCGGCAGUCCGGUGGGGGGCUGCCCAGGCCUUCACCCCCCGUGACCCUGAGCCCCAGCCGCCCCCAAGAUGAUGAAGAGGCAGCUGCACCGCAUGCGGCAGCUAGCCCAGACGGGCAGCUUGGGACGCACCCCUGAGACCGCAGAGUUCCUGGGUGAGGACCUGCUGCAGGUGGAGCAGCGGCUGGAGCCAGCCAAGCGAGCAGCCCACAAUGUCCACAAACGGCUGCAGGCCUGUCUGCAGGGCCAGAGUGGGGCGGACAUGGACAAGCGGGUGAAAAAGCUUCCCCUCAUGGCUCUGUCCACCACGAUGGCCGAGAGCUUCAAGGAGCUGGACCCUGAUUCCAGCAUGGGGAAGGCCUUGGAGAUGAGCUGUGCCCUCCAGAACCAGCUGGCCCGCAUCCUGGCUGAGUUUGAGAUGACUCUGGAGAGGGAUGUCCUGCAGCCACUCAGCAGGCUGAGUGAGGAGGAACUGCCAGCCAUCCUCAAGCACAAGAAAAGCCUACAGAAGCUUGUAUCUGACUGGAACACCCUCAAGAGCAGGCUUGCUCAGGCAGCCAAGAACUCAGGCAGCAGUCAAGGCCUGGGAGGAGGCCCCAGCAGUUACAGCCACACCACCACGGCCAACAAGGUGGAGACGCUGAAGGAGGAGGAGGAGGAGCUAAAGAAGAGGGUGGAGCAGUGCAAGGACGAGUACUUGGCUGACCUGUACCACUUUGCCACCAAGGAGGACUCAUAUGCCAACUACUUCAUUCAUCUCCUGGAGAUUCAGGCCGAUUACCAUCGCAGGUCACUAAGUUCACUGGACACAGCCCUGGCUGAGCUGAGGGAGAACCACAGUCAAGCAGAUAUCUCCCCCUUGAUGACAGCAGCCCCCUCCUCCAGGGUGUAUGGGGUAUCACUAGGGACUCACCUACAAGACCUGGGCCGGGACAUCGCCCUGCCCAUUGAGGCCUGUGUCAUGAUGCUGCUUUCUGAGGGCAUGAAGGAAGAGGGCCUCUUCCGUCUGGCUGCUGGGGCCUCAGUGCUGAAGCGCCUCAAGCAGAUGAUGGCCUCGAACCCCCGCAGCCUAGAGGAGUUCUGCUCUGACCCCCAUGCUGUGGCAGGUGCCCUCAAGUCCUAUCUGCGGGAGCUGCCGGAGCCCCUGAUGACCUUUGACCUGUAUGAUGACUGGAUGAAAGCAGCCAGCCUGAAAGAGCCGGGAGCCCGGUUACAGGCCCUCCAAGAGGUGUGUAGCCGCCUGCCCCGGGAGAACUUCAGCAACCUCAGGUACCUGAUGAAAUUCCUGGCACGGCUGGCUGAGGAACAGGAGGUGAACAAGAUGACACCCAGCAACAUUGCCAUCGUCCUAGGGCCCAACCUGCUGUGGCCACCUGAGAAGGAAGGGGACCAAGCCCAGCUGGAUGCAGCCUCGGUGUCCUCCAUCCAGGUGGUGGGCGUGAUCGAGGCACUAAUACAGAAUGCAGACACCCUCUUCCCCGGAGACAUCAACUUCAACGUGUCAGGCCUCUUCUCAGCCCUUGCCCCCCAGGACACAGUUGGUGACAGGCUGGCCUCUGAUGAGCUUCCAUCCAUUGCCAUGCCCAGCCCAGCCACCACCCUGGCUCCAGUUCCAGCCCUAGCCUCAUUGGCUACCAAGGAAAGGUCAGAGGCUGAGGCACCCCCCAGACCAGCCUCCCCCAGAGUCAACAGGAGCCCCCUGGAGGCAGCUGCCCCAUCAGAGGAUGCAGCUCGAAAGAGCGCUGGGAGCCUGGCCGCUGCGGUGGAGACAGCCUCGGGACGUCAGGCCCUGGUGGUGGGCAAGCCCAGCCCCUAUAUGUUCGAGUGCAUCACAGAGCACUUCAGCGUAGACCCUGCCCGCAUGCUCAUGGUGGGUGACCGCUUGGAGACCGACAUCCUCUUUGGCCACCGCUGCGGCAUGACCACUGUGCUCACACUCACGGGUGUCUCCAGCCUGGAAGAGGCCCAGGCCUACCUGGCAGCUGGUCAACACGACCUCGUGCCCCAUUACUAUGUGGAGAGCAUUGCGGACUUGAUGGAGGGGUUGGAGGACUGAGCCCAUUUGACCUGCUGCUGCAGGCCCACUCUGUCCCCAUUCCCUGAACCUGUACAUGGAGGCAAUGGUCAUGAGUCGCAUUAAGUGCCACCAACUCCCUGGCCUCACUUUCUGCACCCUGGUGGGGCUAGGACCCAGGGAAGGUUUGUGGGUUCUUGUACCCCCUGCUAGCAGUGGCUGGGCAUUCUUUGCUAUCCCAGGAGCUGGUCCCCCAUGGGUUCAUCUUGGCCUAACCCAGCCAGGUGGCUUUAUAUCCUGUUACCUCCGCUCCUUGAAACCUGGGCCCUAAUGCCAACUUGAAGAUUUACCCCAACCCUGAGCAAUUAAUCCUCUCCCCUCUCUGUGGGGCUUCUAGAGCUCUACCUGUCCCUUAUGUCCUGGCCCUUGGGUUCCAGUUGACCAAUUAGUGGGUCUAGGUAACUGCAGUUCAUUAUUGUUCUAAGUAGACCAGUCUGAAGGCUAAAUGAUAGUGAUUCAUCCAUGCUGGAUUCUAAGGGGACCAGUCACCAGGCUAAGUGACAUUGACCAUUACAUGUCCUAG